AUAAUAUAUUACACGAUGCACUCCUUUUAAAAAUAGGCUAACGUCUGUUCUGUUUUAGUGACCCCGUAAAAAAGCGUCAAAAAGUGUUCGUCUGUAAACAAGUGAAGGAGGCAAGUGGCGGCCUUUCAUUCCAGCCUUUAACAAACACUACAGGUGACGUAGUAGUCGUGAGAGGGGAGACUGGAUGAAGCAAACAUGCCGAGAAACACGAAAAAGCUUGACCUGUUCAGGAAAAAGCAAGAGGAGGAUGAUGAGUUACUGAGAGAGGCUGGCAUGUACGAGGAAGGCCUUUCUCAGGCUGUGAAGGACCAGAUCUUGCAAUUCGUACGAGAGUCACGCGAGACCGCCCGCCUCGAGCGUCUCACACAGCAAUUGGAAGAACAAACAAUCGCGGAGGCUCUCAAAAUUACCAACACUCAGCAGGGAAGAUCGGAGGCAGGGAGCAGCGGCACGUCUUCCACACUCAGCACAGAGGCACAGGACAAGAGCGAUGACCUUGUUCUCCUAACCCCAGAGCAAGCCGAUGAGCCAGAGUGCCAGGUGAUCAAAACUGGCACUGGACAGGCUCCCGGCACUCCAGGGAAGGCACAGCACUCAGGGAGACCACGGCUGGCGAGUGUGGUGGAGUUGACUGCCACGGACAACCCUUCGCAGACACCCCAAUCAUCAACCACCGCCACCAAUGACAACACGCACAAGCCCUCACCCGCUGACGUCAUGGGAAUGAAUCAAAAUAACACUGAUGAUGAUGAUAUUGAUGUGGUGCAGCCAACCCCCGAGUCCUCGCCCAAGCCCCCCAAACGGCCCCUCAGCCCCUGCGUCAUCCUGGUUCCCCUUCCCUUCGACUGUGUGUCCCCGAGGAAGAAACCCAGACAGUCUCCGGAAGUGUUGGCCACGUCUCCAAGGAUGCCCCGUAGGAAAGUUGGAGCCAGUGCUUCCAGUUGGGCAGCCACCAGUGCCUCCCCCAGCCCCUCACGCACGGGGGGGGGCAGCACCACGCCCGACUCCCCCACUGAAGAGAUUGGUGCCACUACUUCGCCCCCAAAGGCCCCCUUGGCCAUGUUUGUGUCCCCCAUUGUUGGCAGGGGCAGGUUACCCACCACCACCUCCACCACCACCACCACCACCACCACCACUAUCUCCACUACCACCUCCUCCUCUACAACCACCACUACUGCGGCUUCCACCGCCACCCCUACCAAGUACAACAGCAGCAUUGCCACCCCCACCACCAUACCACACAGAAGCAAGAGUGUUAUCACCAGCACCAGCACAGCGCUAACCCAGCUGUGUGUUGAUGAUGACGAUGAUGAUGAUGAUGUAAUACCCUCCACCCCUGGUGCCUCGGGCAGACCCAGCACAAGAAUCCCCGCUGGCUCUGGCGGCCCAGCCCCCCGCCCUGUCGCCUCCCCUGCUGCAGGACACAACAGCUCCACUUUCUAUGGAAGGACUCCCACGUCAUCACCCAAGAAGGCUGAGAAGGGAGCCUCCCUGGCCACGCCGCCCAGGGAUCUGCAUCUUAAGAAUUCCUUGAUGAGAACACCUUCCAGCGCUGUCCGAGCCCCGCCACCUGACACCAAGGCCGGGGCAUCCAGCCCCCAGGAGGUCAUCUCCCUACCUGACCUGGAUGUCAAGCCCUGCCUGGGCGGGGGGUACCGUCCUAUCAAUAUCUUUACCCAAGGUGGCGGCCAGCGUGACACCCCCCUGCACCGACCGCGAACCCUGCGCUCCGAGGCGCCACACACGGCCCUGCACCCGCUGCCCAACGAGACCCUGGACCAGGCGCGGGCCAGGAUCACGGCCCUGUUGGGCAGUGCCUCCCGGCUGCUGCUGCAGCACCGGGCCGGCCAGCUGCCCCGGGCCUGGUCAGCGCCGCUCACCGUCCACGCCAGGCUGAGGGACUCCCUGGACCGCCCCCCCUCGCCACCAGUCCGUGUGGUGGCCCACCGUCGGCCCCUCAGGGAGAGGCGGACGGGGGAGUCAGCGGGCCAGGCGGCUCCAGGGUCCCCAGAUGCACCAGAGGCCCUGGACACCCCUGAGGGGCUGGGGGCCGAGGAGGCUGCCUCUGCAGGCCCCAGGAGGAGGGGGGCAGGUGGCAGGCUGGCAGCAGGUGGCCUGCGCAGGUCGGGACUGACCAGGACGCCUGCAGGGGACCAGGGCGGCAUUGGCCGCAAGAGGCCGGCCUUGGCACCGCUGCAGGAGGUGUCCAGUGACUCCGACAAAGAAUUGGAGACUGUCUCCGCCCGGCCUGCCCUGGCCCUGCCCCAGGUGCCAUCCCCACCCCUGGUGCCAUCCCCCCCCAGGCCCAUGGGUGGCACAGUGUCGGGGGGCCACCAGCCCCAGGCCUCGGCAGGCAGGAGGACCUUCAGGCUGCUGGACUCCGACUCUGAGGGUGAAGUGUGCUACACCAAGAGUUCCAGUGUUGCAGCAGCAGCACCACACAGGGCUGGUGGUGGUGGUGGUGGUGGUGGCAGUCUUUUACUCCAGAAGGGCACGUCGUCCCCUCAGCCCGGCUCCUCCUCGGACCUGGGCCUCAAGGACCAGCAGCAGCAGCAGUCCUCUGGCCCUGGCACAGCAGCCCACGCUGGUGUCAGGCAGUGCCGGCGAAGGGUCAGAACACCUGACCUUGUGGAGGCUACAGAGGCCACGCACAGGAAGGCGCGCACCCUGCACACAGGCAGCAGUGAUCAGCAGGCCAGCCACAGCCAGUCACUCCAGGAGGCAGAGUCCACUGAGGCAUCUAAGCCCGUAAAUGAGGGUACCGCUGCACAGGGACAGAGCCGAGAGGAAGAGGCGGAUGAGGAGAAGAUGUCCUGCCCCAUAUGUCAGAAGCUCUUUCCUCUGCAGCAUAUUGAGGUUCAUGCCUCAGAUUGCAUGGGAGGAGAGGAGGAGAGUCAGCAGGAGCAAGAUCAGCACCAGCAGCAACAAGGGGAUCAUCAGCAUCAACAGCUGCAGCAUCAGGAUAGCCUCAGCACUCACGGCCCUCAGACACGGAGGAGGAGGAGGGUGGCAUCAGGGGAGUCAGCACAGAAUGGGCCAACAAGUGACCCACAGGAAGACUCACCAGCACAGGACAGCCAGGAAGUGGACAGCCACCCCCGCCCGGCCUCCCCUGCACCUGACACGCAGGAAAAGAUAGUCAAUAUCUUUACCCAAGGUGGCGGCCAGCGUGAUGCCCCCCUGCACCGACCGCGAACCCUGCGCUCCAAGGCGCCACACACGGCCCUGCACCCGCUGCCCAACGAGACCCUGGACCAGGCACGGGCCAGAAUCACGGCCCUGUUGGGCAGCGCCUCCCAGCUGCUGCUACAGCACCGGGCUGGCCAGCUGCCCCGGGCCUGGUCAGCGCCGCUCACCGUCCACGCCAGGCUGAGGGACUCCCUGGACCGCCCCCCCUCGCCGCCGGUCCGUGUGGUGGCCCACCGUCGGCCCCUCAGGGAGAGGCGGAGGGGGGAGUCAGCGGGCCAGGCGGCUCCAGGGUCCCCUGAUGCACCAGAGGCCCUGGACACCCCUGAGGGGCUGGGGGCCGAGGAGGCUGCCUCUGCAGGCCCCAGGAGGAGAGGGGCAGGUGGCAGGCUGGCAGCAGGUGGCCUGCGCAGGUCGGGACUGACCAGGACGCCUGUAGGGGACCAGGGCGGCAUUGGCCGCAAGAGGCCGGCCUUGGCACCGCUGCAGGAGGUGUCCAGCGACUCCGACAAAGAACUGGAGACUGUGUCCGCCCGGCCUGCCCUGGCCCUGCCCCAGGUGCCAUCCCCACCCCUGGUGCCGUCCCCCCCCAGGCCCAUGGGUGGCACAGUGUCGGGGGGCCACCAGCCCCAGGCCUCGGCAGGCAGGAGGACCUUCAGGCUGCUGGACUCUGACUCUGAGGGUGAACCCGGCUCCUCCUCGGACCUGGGCCUCAAGGACCAGCAGCAGCAGCAGUCCUCUGGCCCUGGCACAGCAGCCCACGCUGGUGUCAGGCAGUGCCGGCGAAGGGACAGAACACCUGACCUUGUGGAGGCUGCAGAGGCCACGCACAGGAAGGCACGCACCCUGCACACAGGCAGCAAGGCGAAGAGGGGUCAAGGUAGCAGAAAUCUCGGGCAGGUAGUCGAUGGCAUCAAGCCCGAGUUUUCCCGUUCGGACAGUCCCCUUCGCAUUGAGGAGGUCCAGUCAUCCAGCCCUGAGUACUGA